ACGAGAUGGAGAGUGAUUACCAACGUGUAUAGUUUGAAUUAUAAAAAAGGAGAGAAAUAAGACAAUCUACCAGUAAACUCUUUCCCCGAGAAGAGAAGCGAGAAGGAGUCAUCAACACUUGAGCCUGAUCAACUAUUGUCCCGUCAUAAUAGUUUACUAUAUACACAUACUUCAUAAGGGGAAACACACAUUCGCACCAACCGUAAAGCAAACGCAUGCGCAAAGAUGAUUUGCGUAUUUCUUUGGCUGAAUUCACUUUUGGCAUGUUCCUUGAUGACGUCAGCCAUUCCACUUGAAGCCACCCCAUCCCGUGUGUCCAAUCACAGGACAAGCUCACAAGACAACACUGACUUCCAGCCAGAUAUUCAAAAGAGACAUGACGAAGACCACGUGACGCUGUCUCCGGACUCUGAUUCGUCGGCUGCACAAUACGGCGCACAUCGUAUUGAUAGGACAGUACUAUUUCCACACGACACCACGUGGUGUGUGGCACGCCCCAUCAGUCAGGUGAUCGAGAGCCCCGGAUGCACGGCAGUAACGAUUCCAAAUAAGAUAUGUGCCGGGCAGUGUUACAGUUUUAGCGUUCCCAAGAUUUUUCCUCACGAUAUUCGAUCAGACUUCAAGUCAUGUGAUUGUUGUCAGCCUUCCAGGGCUACAUGGGCAACGAUCCAACUACCGUGCAAUAAUGCUGAAAACAAUGCUCGCUACAAACGUGUUGAAAUCGUGGAACAAUGUGAGUGCAUGCCGUGUUCGUCGGCCACCUCGACGACGUCAUGGAGCACCACGUCGACCACCAUCAACGAAACAGACUCUUCUUCGUCUUAUGUCGAAAGCUCCAGCAUUCUUAGAAAUUGAAAUUACGACACCCCCGCUCCUGCCCCUGUAAUGAUUGCAGGCCCAUUCAAGGGCCCAUAUUCAUGCUCAUGAAACCUCAAGAAGUCGAGUAAUCUCCAAGCUGUGUACUUCGCAAUAUGUAAGAAGGUGAUCACUGGAAUUAUUCAGGUUUUUGUGAACAUGGGCCCAACAUGCUCAACGAAAAUCGAGGUCGAUCGAAUUCCUAUGGAAGUCCGUUCAUCUCACUUAAAGAGAGUUUUACACCGCGGCGCAGAGCGGAUCCAAGAACGCAGUAAAUGUAUAUACCGGCCCAUUGACAAAGAACAGCUGGAAGGUCUUAGUCGAAAAUGGUGAACUGGAACACCAGCUACGUCCUUAGUUUCGGAGCUGACGAAAAUUUGCAAACUUCUGGCGGUUCAUUGUCAUUAAGGGCAUUUGGUAAUGCAUUUUCUAUGUUGAUGGAAAAAAUAAAUCUAUUCAUCUGGAUUUACUUGUUGAAGCAGAGGACAGUUUCACGUCCGAUCCGGGACGCUUCUUCAGCUCU